GCGGCGCGCAUGCGGCCCAGCCCGGUGCCCCGGAAGCGCUGCGGCGGGGCGCGGGCGGUUUGAAGCGGAAUGGAGAGCGCCGCGCUCGAGGGGGCACAGGGCCGAUCGCCGCUGCAGCAGAGACGCCCGCAGGUUCCGCGGGGCGGGGAGAGCCCCGCCGCCGCCACCGUCCCCACACAGGGCCAGUGCCGGGGGCGGGCGGGAAGCGGGCGCGGGCGGCGUCCUGGCGGCGGGCCCUCAGACUCGUGCGAUGGCGGCUCUUGCGGUAGUUCGGCUUCAGGUGGACGCAGCCCAGCGAGAGUGGCCGCAGGGAGCCAGGGCCGACGGGGCGGCAGCUAUGCCCUGUACUUCUCUUCCAGCAGUGAUGAUGAAUUUGAAAUGUUUUUAGCUAGAAUGAAAACUCCCAAAUCUGUUUCUAAAAAGGCAGACACAAGUUUGAAGGACUUAACUGAUGACUCGGAUGAUUUCUUCUCGGACUUUAAAGUGAGAAAGAGCACAACAAAGAAUGCACAGAAGGAUCUUCAGACUCCAAAGACAUUGAUGACUUCUGGAAAGAAAAGCACUCUCUGCCAAGAAUUACAGUGUCCAGAGGCUUUAAGUGAUACUGAAGAUUCUGUCUUUGUAGAAGGUUCAUGGCAUGACUACCAAAAAGGGGGAGUGGAAGACUUAAAAGAGAGUUGGAGGUGCAUAAAAUUCCCACCUCCACAAAAUCUGAAAGAGUUAAUUUCCAGAGGCAAUCCAGACUUGCUUGCUAGAAGGAAAGAAGCAAGCUGUGGAAAGAGUUCAGAAAAUAAAGUGCCAACUGUGGCACUGCAACAAAGUACAGAGGUAGAAUCAGAUAGCUCAGAUGAGGAAUUUGAAUCAUUAAUAGAACGGAUAAGGAAACGGAGUAUAACCAGAAAACCAAUCCUAAGCACAAGUAAAACUGUCUACCAGCCGAGCACAAUAGAAAACAUUAAGGCACCCUGCGAAGAUGGUCAGCCCUUGAAAGGGGAGGGAGUCAAGACACCAAGGCCAAACUCCAUUUCACUUCAAGAAACACCUUCCAGGGUAAGGGUUGCUGCAAGAAUUCCUAGGAAUGAAUUGGUCAGUUGCUCACAGUCAGCAAAGACAGAGAAAAGGCUCAGGGUGUGCUCAGUGCCUGGCUGUUUCUUGCAAGAUCUCUCAAAUCCGGCUUCCCACUAUGUGAAGUAUUUCAAGAAAUAUAAAGAGGAGCUGGCACAGAAGCUCUACUGUCUGUAUAAUAAUACAAUCUUUGAGCAGAAGGUUCAAUUUCAGAGAACUGCUGUCUUGACCUUUUACAUCUUCUGGGAUACUCAAAGCCCUCCUCUGUUACCAGAGAAAAUGGUGAUAAUCUGGAAUAAGAAAAUGAGAAAAACAGCAGGAUAUUGUGUAACUGGGCAGACAGAAGGUCCUGAAGCAAAGCGUUAUGCUCGCAUAGAACUUUCUGAGAAAGUCUGUGACUCUGCAGAUCGUCUUCGAGACACGCUAGUUCAUGAGGCUUGUCAUGCAGCCACCUGGCUGAUCAAUGGUGUUCGUGAUGGACAUGGACGAUUCUGGAGAUUCUAUGCCAAUAAAUCAGCUGUGAUUCAUCCAGAACUGCCAGUAGUAACACGAUGCCACAGCUAUGAGAUUAAUUACAGAUUCAUCUAUGAGUGUGUUCUGUGCAAAGCUACGACUGGACGUCAUUCCAAGUCUCUAGACACAGAGCGCUUCAUGUGUACGUUCUGUGGGGGGCAGCUGGUCCUGAGUCAGCCCACUCGGAAGGAUGGCACUCCUGCUAGGACACAUCUAAUGCCCUUUGCAAAGUAUGUGAAAGAAAACUAUGGACUUACUAAAAGAAAGCAGCAUGGGCUGAGUCAUGCAGAAGUCAUGUGGAAACUCAGUGCUGAUUUUGCUUUAAAAACUAGGCUUCAAAAUUCCUUGUAGUAUCUCAAUACACUUCCUUUCUUGAUGCUACUUAUGUUUUGUAUGUAGUAGUAAAUGAGUCUAACAUGAGUCUAAGAAUGUGUUUUGGGCAUUCCAGAUAACUCUAAUAUUUUAGCAUUAAAUAAAGAAGCUUCUAAUAAAGACAGCCUUUAGAUCUUUCCUAAAAUGGUCAAGAGUGAGCAAGAAGUAAUGAUGAUAGAAAGUUGUCCUGGUUUCAGCUGGGAUAGAGUUAAAUUUCUUUGUAGUAGCUAGUAUGGGGCUGUGUUUUGGAUUUUUGCUGGAAACAGCGGUGAUAACGUGGAGAUGUUUUAGUUGUUGCUAAGUAGCACUUACACUGGUCAAGGACUUUUUUAGCUCCCCGUGCUCUGCUGGGUGCACAAGGAGCUGGGAGGGGACACAGCCGGGACAGCUGACCCCAACUGACCAACGGGAUAUUCCAUACCAUGUGGCGCCAUGCUCAGCAUAUAGAGCUGGGGGAAGAAGGAGGAAGGGGGGACAUUGGGAGUGAUGGUGGUUGUCUUCCCAAGUCACUGUUACUUGUGAUGGAGCCCUGCUUUUCUGGAGGCGGCUGAACACCUGCCUGCCCAGGGGAAGGAGUGAAUCAAUUGCUUGUUUUGCUUUGCUUCUGUGCGCAGCUUUUGCUUUCCCUAUUAAACUGUCUUUAUCUCAAA